AUGCCUAUACAACUCCUUGCCAGCAGGAGCGCCGAGAUAAACCACAUACUGAACUGCGAAAACAUGUUUGGAAUCGUCGCGUAUAUCGUGCGUGGCGUUCUAUUUGGUUCAGAGGAUCACAGGUUGCUAACACCACAUGCUAUGUAUAGUCCCCCCCCCGAGCCCACUCGUGGCCAGAUCGAUCUGAACUGGAACGCCACCAACUCGAGCUACUACAUCUCGCUCAGCCUAGCUCCUGGCCCGAACAUCUAUUCCAGCACCUCCGGCAGCGCCCUCAUCGGCGGGGUCGAAUCGUACACGUCCAUGAGCAUGUUCUUCAACUAUACCGGCGCGAGCACCGGUUGGACGCUUUGGGCGGUCCUGACGUCUUAUGGGGGGCAUGUCAUUACCCAUCCCUUGACGGCAGUUUGGGAGUUCGGGGAUAUCCCUGUGCCUGAGGCUUGUGGGUACUCGCCCGUUACUCAGGUCGACAACUUGACAUACCCGGGAGGCUUCGAGUGGUGGGGUGAUUGCGGGAUGGGAGGUUUCCCUGUUUUCCAUAGCAUGGCGUACGAUUUCAAGGUGUCUCUCAACAAGGUAGUGACGGUCGAAGGUUUGUGA